GUACAUUACUGUACGUUGGGCUGGGCACGAAGCCUAAACGGAAAGUUUCUUACCUCCCGCCCACUGGCAGGGCAGGGACGGGAGCUUGCGUAAAUACAGAGGCGCUGUAGAAUACGUUACGUUAAUCAUUGAAUGCCAGGAAAUUUCCGCCAAGGCAAUUUAGCCAAGCUUGGGGUGGGCUGGCAGGCACCUUAGUUCGUUUAGGCAAUCCGACGCCAUCAUCAACAUUUCAUUUCCAUCGUUUCUUGCUUGCAACAAUUUUUUUCCUCCUCCCAUAACCUAUCUUAGUAGUUGAUAUCUACUAACCUACCUUAACGUCAACCAUUCAUAUUCUCUACCUACGACCUGUACCCUAGAUUGAGUACCUGGAACCUGGAAACACCAAGCAUACCCAUUACCAUCUUCCAUCAUGGUCGUCGAUACCGCCUAUUACGACACUCUGGGCGUCCAGCCCACGGCCACCGAGCUGGAGAUCAAGAAGGCUUAUCGCAAGAUGGCUAUUGUCCACCACCCAGACAAGAAUCCCAAUGAUCCUACCGCCCACGAAAAGUUCCAGGCCAUCGGUGAGGCCUAUCAAGUCCUGUCCGAUUCCGAUCUACGCGCAGCCUACGAUAAGUUCGGAAAGGACUCUGCGAGACCGCAGGAGGGUUUCGCCGAUCCAGCUGAAUUCUUCAGCUCCAUCUUCGGAGGUGAGGCCUUCGUGGACUGGAUCGGUGAGAUCAGUCUCAUGAAGGACCUCACGGCAACCAUGGAUAUUACGAUGCAGGAGGAGGAAGAAGCUGCGGCUGCUGAAGCGGCUGCGGCUGCGCAAGCCGAGGAGGAUUUCCCUGGAACUGAAGAUGCCAAGAAGGAGAGCCUCAAGGAGCAAGAGCAGAAGGCAGAGGAGAAGGCCGCUGCCGCUGCAGAGCACCAAGCAGGCCCACCACCGCCGCCUUAUGCUGCCGCUUCUGUCAACAACGACAAGGAGACCAAGCCCGCUUCACCUGCCGCGCCCGCCCCUGGCCUCUCCGCCGACACCCCUCAGCGAACCGAUGCCACAUCGCCUGCCCCCUCGUCGAGCUCUCGUAACCGAACCCAGAUUCCUCUUCGACCCGCACUGAUGGACAAGUCUCAUGAGGACCUUCUUGAUGCAGAGGCGAACAAGGGUGAAUUAACAGAGGAGGAACUCAAGCACAAGGAGAAGAAGAAGGGUGGUCUGACCAAGGAGCAGCGAGAGCAGCUGGCAGCAUACGAGAAGGAGCGCGCCAAGAUUCGCCAGGAGCGUGUCGAUACCCUCGCCCGAAAGCUUCUCGACCGGCUUAGCGUGUGGACAGAGACAGACAAGGGUCCUGACGUGACCAAGGCAUUCCAGGAGAAGAUGCGUCUCGAGGUCGAGAACCUGAAGAUGGAAUCUUUCGGAAUUGAUAUCCUACACGCUAUCGGUCAAACAUAUGUCUCAAAGGCCUCCAGCUUGCUCCGCAGCCAGAAGUUUUUUGGUAUCGGUGGUUUCUUCAGCAGACUUCGUGACAAGGGCACACUCGUCAAGGAGACAUGGAACACUAUCAGCAGCGCUAUCGAUGCUCAACAGACCAUGGAGGAUAUGGCUAAGAUGGAGGAGAAGGGUGGCGAGGACUGGACUGAUGAGAAGCGUGCUGAAUAUGAGAGACGUGUGACUGGCAAGAUUCUCACUGCCGCAUGGAGGGGCAGCAAGUUCGAGAUCCAGAGCGUCCUGCGCGAGGUUUGCGACAGCAUUCUGAACGACAAGAAGGUCCACCUCAACAAACGACUUGAGCGCGCGCAGGCUCUGGUCCUGAUUGGUGAUGUCUUUAUCCGGGCUGAGCGAUCUCCUGAAGAGGAGGGUGACUAUCUCGUCUUCGAGCAGCUCGUCGCUGAGGCCGCCAUGAAGAAGGACAAGGAGGAAGACCACAAGAAGAAGAAGGACCGCAAGUCCUUCCACAGCAAGGACAAGGAAUCCAAAGACAAGGAGCACGCUACGACACCCUAAGCAGGAACGAAGUUUCCUGGGGAGUUGGCAAAUGGUAGAGACAAGACAACAUAGCAAGGUUGAAGAAGACCUACUUGUUUGAGGACUCUGAAAAUGGUGGCGGAUAUCAACAUGAUGGACUUUGCUUGGCGGCUUGCAUGCUGGACUGGUGGAUGUUAUAGAUCGAGGAUGACUGGCAUUGAUUUAGAUAUAAUUUUCAUGACACUAUUCCCCCCUUUAUGAAAUCUGACGGCGUUUAUUUGGCAACUUCAAAUACGUUGCUUAUCCGGGUGUAUGCACAUAGAUCAAAAACACAGGUCAGAUG